CCGCCAUGGCCGAGCCGGGCCCCGCCGCCUGCCUGCUGCUGCUGCUCCCGCUGCUGCUGAGCCCGGCCCCGGCCGCCGGAGCCGCCGACGACACCGAGUGGGUCCGGAUGCCCAGCAAGUGCGAGGUGUGUAAGUAUGUGGCAGUAGAGCUGAAAUCUGCCUUUGAGGAAACUGGGAAGACAAAGGAGGUGAUUGACACAAAGUAUGGCUUUCUAGACGGAAAGGGGUCUGGAAUCAAGUACACACAAUCGGAUAUCCGACUGAUCGAGGUGACAGAGACCAUCUGCAAGAGGCUGUUGGACUAUAACCUGCACAAGGAGAGAACUGGCAGUAACAGGUUUGCAAAGGGAAUGUCAGAGACAUUUGAAACCCUGCACAACCUGGUGCACAAGGGGGUGAAGGUGGUGAUGGACAUCCCCUAUGAGCUGUGGAACGAGACCUCUGCUGAAGUGGCUGACCUCAAGAAGCAGUGUGAUGUGCUGGUGGAGGAAUUCGAAGACGUGAUUGAGGACUGGUACAGGCAUCACCAGAAGGAAGACCUGGCUCAGUUUCUCUGUGCGAACCAUGUGCUGAAAGGGAAAGACACAAGCUGCCUGGCAGAGCAAUGGUCCAGCAAGAAGGGAGAUGUAGCGACCGCCGGGGAGAAGGCAAAGAAAAAGGGUGGCAAGAACAAGAAGGCAGCAGAGAGGAAAAAGAAAAACAAGAAGGAGAAGGUUGAGGAAGCAAAAAGCCCCCUGGGGCCAAGUGCUGAAGGGAGCCCUGGAGAGGAGGGGGAUAUCCAGCCGCAGGCUCCCCUGGCGCACAGCCCAGCUGACGAGCUGUAGUCUCUCGGACUCCGCGUGCCGAUUUGCAGCCCAUGGUAGGGACAGCGGACGCUCUGGACACAUGGGAUAUUGGAUGUGCUCUGGGCAUCGCAGCAGCCAGGUGCCUCACAACUGAAGGGGAAUAAAUUAGAACUCUUCUAAUUUAUUGCUCCAAGGGCGGCAGCCUGUUCCUGCUGGGUGGAGAUCUUGCCGUCGCUAGUCAGCAUUACCGUGAGCAGCGGUGCCACAUGGAUCACAGAUGUGGAGUAACAGUGGCUGGCAGAGACCCCUGCACACGCAGGGCAGCUGGGCCGGACAUGAGAUGCCUCCUGAGUACGAGGAGCUUGUUAAACUCCUCUUAAUGCUCCCUAGACAAUACAGAUCCUGCCUUUAGUGGGAGAGACCUUCCACCCUCUGCUCUUCCUCCUGCCGCCUCUUGCCAGCUGGAUUGUAUUGAUGAGGGGGUCUGGAAGUGGGAGAAAGGAGGCUGGUUUACUCACGGCGGAGCCCCUGGCUUUUGUCUGAGCUGCCCCCGGGGCAGGGAAUUUGGCAGUGGCUUGGAAGGAGAGUGGCUUCUGCAUGGCCAGCCUGGCGGGUUUGGACACACUGUCUGUUCCACAACGGCCAGGCCCAGUCCUGCCCUCCCCUACGCCAGGCAGUCCCACUGAGCUUGCUGGGGUCCCACAAUGAGUUAUCCUCCCACUCUGCAAGCUUGCUGCCCACCCCUCUCCUGUAGGACCAUUCCAUUCAGGGGCAGCCAUUCCAGCUUCCUGGAAGCCUCUGGUUCCUGCUGUUGCUGCAGAGAGGGCCCUUCCCUCCCUCUGCUAAUGUCCUGUUCCAUUUGGUCUAGCUUGUGCUCCCUGCAUUAGCUUUCAUGCUCCCUGCUGCACUGUGGACAGCAGCUCCUUGCUUGGCAAGGAGAGGCUCCCUUGUAUUUUAUGCAGUUCUUUGCUACCUGUUGGCGGUUUCUCUUAAAGUGCCAGUAGAUGUCAAGUAUCAGAGGGGUAGCAGUGUUAGUCUGGAUCUGUACAAAGAGUCCUGU